CUCUCUAUAUAUGUGUCGAGUCCGCUAUAAAAGCCCCGGCCAAACCACCCCUCUUUUCGCGCCGCGUAUAGGAGAUGAUCGACCCCGACGUGGCCGCGUGGAUCCUCGACUUCCUCCUCCGCCAAACCCUCGACGAUUCCCUCGUCCACCGCCUCAUCCUUUCCCUCCCCAUCCCCGCCCCCUCCCCCUCCUCCCCCCUCCACCGAACCCUAAUCCUCCGCCGCCUCUCCUCCGACCUCUCCCGCCGCUCCCUCUCCCCCCGCACCCUCCACUCCCUCGAGCUCCUUUCCUCCCUCCCCCGCCCCUCCUCCGCCGCCGCACUCCGCGCCGCCUACGCCGCCGUCGCCGCCGAUCUCACCGUGAAGCCCCUCAGACCGAGCUCUCGCGGCGGCGACGACGACGGCGGCGGCGGCGGCGGCGGCGAGGGAGGGGGAGAAGGGGAGUUCUACGACGCCGUGAAUCGGAUCUGGAACUGCCGCGUCGCGGAUCUCGAGGCGGCGGCGGAGGGGGCGGAAGGGGCGGAGGCGGCGGCGGGAUUGGUGUCGCCGGAGCUGAGGGCGACGAGGAGGGAGAUGGAGGAGGCGGUGGUGGAUGCGACGGUUAGGGCGGGUUUGGUGGUGAGGUACACGGAGGAGAGGGCGUUCCAGGCUGUUAGGGUUUAUUUGGAGGAGGCGUGGAAGGAGUUGGGGCCUUCGUUUCUUGAGCUCGCCGCCGAGGCUCUUAUUGGGAUGGCGAAGGGGAAGGGUUUGGAAAUGGAGAAUCCGAACUCUUCGAAACCUAGUCCCGAAGAAGGAUCUAGGUUGCUGGAGCUGGUCAAUCAUAGUGGAACUGUUAAUAAGCGGGGAAAGGAAAUCAUAGAAGAGAACACACAUGAGGGUGAAUCCUCCAGUCCAGAACUGCAUGAUCCGAGCAGUGUUGGAUGGAAUAGGAUGGGGAAAUGUAAGAGCACAAACUUUAGAUCUUUUGAGAAUGCUAAUGAAAGUGGAAAUCGUUGCACUAAAACAAUUUUGAAGUUGGAUAGAGAUUCUGCUGCAGAGCGGCGGCCUAGUAUGAUGGAGCGCAAUCCAACUGCACGUACUAUCGAGUGUUGUAUUGUUGUGGAAGUUAGAAAGAAUCAGCUGUUAUUUACUGUUUCCUGCUCGUACGGGCUGAUUGAUAUUCAACCGGUCUGCUGUGCUGCUGGUUCUCACCAUUAUCCCAAGGAACAAGUUUUUCUUCAUAGUCCUGGAUUGAUAGAUUGCCAGUCACAAUUAACCAGUGUGCCUGCUAGAUGGGUUUCCAGGACUUGCAUCAAUUAUUCUAGGAAGGCAAAUCAUGAGACGUGGGAUGAUUUGUUCGGAUCUCCAUUGCCAGCAAAUCCCGUGGAGGAACCUCAUGUCUCUUACCCCCAGAAAGGGAAGGAUUCUUUGUUAGUCAAAGAUAACAAUCAGUUUAUUUUACGUAAAAGAAGAAAGAAGUGGAGUUCAUUGGAAGAGGAGACCUUGAGAAAAUCUGUGGAAAGGCAUGGUGUAGGUAACUGGAAAUUUAUCAAGCAAUGCCAUCCUUCAAUAUUCAAAGACAGAACAGAGGUCGAUUUGAAGGAUAAGUGGAGAAAUUUGGUCAGGCAUUAGUCUUAGUCCCCACUUCUGCUAAUUUGCUCCAAAUGCGACUUCCAGUCACAAUGUGCUUUGGAGCGGACACUUGUUCAAAGUCUUUUUAUAUGCAAAAGCCAUUGAAAGCAAACAUGCGAGUGAGGUACACGAAGGUUAUUUUUAAUGUAAUCUAUGUUUUCUCAUGUAUCAUUACCAACAAAUAUGUCCCUUUAUGUAUUAUAUUUAUUUCUUUAACCGUGGUGUAAAUGUUUUCCUCCCUUUAUUAUCUUUAACUUAAUUGAUGCAAUUAUGUAAUGGAAAUGACUCAUUCAAAGUCUAUCAAACGAGAGCUUGAAGAGUGUGUACUUUAUGCAUUAAUAACUAUAUUUGUUGAUGUUUUU